AGCCCCCAGCUGGACACCUCAGCAUCCUGCGGAGUUAAUUGACUGAAGCUGUGCCAUCGAACAAGACAUAUAACUGCGAUUCAUGAGCCGCUUGGGUUUAGAUUUGAAGGGAGUGGGGGUGGCGUGCAGAGAUGAAGAGCGCAAGGAUCCCAUGACGCUCCUCAGUGACAUCAGCGGCUAUGAAAGAAGCGCAGGAGGGAGAGGGGAGGUACCCAUCUUAUUAAAUUUGGUCAGAAGGUCCUGUUGGCAAGACAAGAUGCUGCUGCGCGACUGAGAGGAAAAGCGGUGCUUUGCGCGAGCGGAGCGCCUGAAUCACGGCAUCCCGUCAAAACUUCUGUUGCCUCAAGGACCCCAAAAAACAUUUUUGUCACUUUCAGACUCCAGACGAUCAACGAGGAUCAUUUUAAUGCUGCAGAAACGUUUUGGUAAUACAAUUGGCUUUGUGCGCAAAGGUUGGAGAGAUUUACUUUGCGCGUUCGUUUUUCGGAGCGGCAUCGGCUCAGGGUAUCCCUUUUUGGUAACAUAUUUGUUUUAUUUUUAUAGCUAUUUCUUUAUACAUUUAUCUUAAUGUAAAUCGUCUUGAUCCAAAUAAGGAUGUAUCCACUUUACGCAUCUCUCCAAACCAAAACGCACGGGGAGUGUCAGCAUUUCCCCUGACCCGACCUCCUAUAUUCAAGCCGCCUCGCUGUAAAUUAUCCCCAAUUAGAUCAUUAAAGAUGAAAACCUCCCAUUUUUGAAGGAGCAAAUAAUUAUCCAAAAGAAAACAAAGUUUUCUGGGCUUUUUGCAGCAGCGGUUGACGCAUCUCGUGUGAAAAAUUGCUUUAUAUGUUUCCCUUUUUUGUUUUUGUUUUUUUUCCAUUGGAAACUGUCUUCUAAAGUUUUUUUCAUUUUACAUUUUUUAAAUAUAACCCUCGCUCUGCGUCCUGACGCGCCUCCCUGGAUUGUUUGUGCUGCGUAAAAUGGACUUGGCAGAACCGACGUGGAGGGUGCAAGGAAUCGGUCAUUUGGAGGAAGCGCAGUGACAAAAAAGAAAAACUGAGAGCAUGGCAUCAGUUGUGGACAGCAGUUGCUCCAUGGAGCUGACGGGCUGGAACAGCAGUAAGAUCAGCUCUGGAGCCUCUGCCCCCUGCAACCAGAGCAUCCCAUCCUCCGCUCCGUACUCCCCUGAAGCCACAGUGGCUUUUGCCACGGCCAUAACUCUGAUGGUUAUCUUCACAAUUGUGGGAAACAUCCUGGUCAUCAUUGCUGUCCUGACCAGCCGGUCGCUCCGGGGUCCUCAGAAUCUGUUUCUGGUGUCGCUGGCUGCUGCGGACAUCUUAGUGGCCACGCUCAUCAUCCCCUUCUCCCUCACCAACGAGCUGCUGGGCUACUGGUACUUCAAAUCUCUGUGGUGUGAGAUCUACCUGGCACUGGAUGUGCUCUUCUGCACCUCCUCCAUCGUGCACCUGUGUGCCAUCUCAUUAGACCGUUACCUGUCAAUCUCCAGGGUUACUUACGGACGCCAACGGACUCCCAGACGCAUCAAAGCUGCCAUUGUGGUGGUGUGGCUCAUCUCUGCCAUCAUCUCCUUCCCUCCUCUGCUCUCACUUAACAAAAGUGACAGCAACAAAUCUGGGAAUGAGCAGGGACCCCAGUGCCAACUGAACGAUGAGCGUUGGUACAUCCUGUACUCCACGGUGGGCUCCUUCUUUGCCCCCUGUCUCAUUAUGAUUCUAGUCUACGUAAGAAUUUACCAAAUAGCAAAGCAGAGGACCCGAUGCCCCCCAGGUGAGCCCAGGAAGGACGGUAUCGGCAGUGCAACUCCAAGUCAGCCCCCAAGACAUUUGAAAGCCAAUGGGAAGGAUGAGGAUGAGGAGGACAGCACACCACCGUCAACCAAGAAAACCUCAAAUGUCCGACCCCCCACCCUUGCUGUAACCCCUUCUCCAUCCCUUGGAGACUCUCAAAAUUCCCCAAAUCCCACUGCCAACAAUCUCCUGCAACCCCCAUCUCCCUCCUCAGCCCUGUCCCCCAUCACCACCUCUGUGGAAAACUCACCCCACGGCCCUCCCAACCCCUUUCCUGCCCCCCAGUCCGGCCCCAUGACAAAAGAGGAGGCGAAGAAGGCCAAACGCCAGAAGGGGAAAAAGAACGACAACAACAACGGCGACAGCUCAAGCACAGACAGCGACAUGGAGCACAGCCAGGGAGGAGGUCGAGGCAGCACCAGCAUGCCGGGGUCACCAGCGGGAGGCGGGAUCCACUCCCCAGCUUCUUUCAAGCGCAUCCUCGCGACUUCAAAGGGGGCUCGACUGGUUCCAGGAAGAAAAUCCAAACCGGAGAGCAACCCUGGAGCAGCGCGGCGCAAAGCAAUGGUCAACAGAGAGAAGCGUUUCACCUUCGUUCUGGCCGUGGUCAUCGGCGUCUUUGUGCUGUGCUGGUUCCCGUUCUUCUUCUCCUACUCUUUACAGGCAGUGUGUCCAGAGACCUGCAACGUCCCCAAACCCCUCUUCACUUUCUUCUUCUGGAUUGGCUAUUGCAACUCCUCUCUCAACCCGGUCAUUUACACCAUCUUCAACAAAGACUUCAGGAAUGCCUUCAAGAAGAUCCUGUGCAGGGGCACAAAGGGCACCUUUUUUUAGCAGAGAGAACAAUCACUGACACUUUCAGCACACUCAAAGGGCUGUUUUCAAAAUAUGUUAAACUGUGGAAACUACUGCAUGAAAUCCACACCAGACACUUUGCAGCCUGUGUGCAAAGUAACCCCUUGGACCUUAAUGAAAUUCCCACUUGCAGCAGCUGAUGGGUGCAGAUCUUUGCCAGGUGUGAGAAGAAAACAGGCCGCGCCAAGAGAGGAUAAGCAGGUUAACUGCUUAGCACUUCACUUCUGCUGAUAAGAUUGUGAAAGCAGCGUUUUAUCGCCAGAUCAGCCUGACUAAUGAAUAAUGCUUGGAAUCAAAGUGGCUCUGAGGAAAUGUAUGCACACUAUAAAACUUCUACAAACAAGCAGGAAAGACGCUGAGAUUAGAUAUUUAAUGUGAAUAAAUACUUUUUAUAUAGAUGCAUAAAUAUACAAAGUUUUUUUCUUUUUUUACUGUUUAGGACUGAUGUUUAAAGAAGGAAAGAGACCUCAGGUUUCUGUGAGCCUGGGGGCUUUUAUUUAUCAGCACAGAGCACAAGGAGGACACAAGGUUAGUGUUAAUUUCUUACGUCUGCAGUCUUAAUUUGUCCAGCUGCAGGGCAAACAUGUGUUCCUCGAUUUUAAAGUGCAACGACAAGAAAAGAUUUCUAACGAUCUUAGAUGUGAUAGCACAAACAAGGGCACCCUUUCAGACUCAACCCGUGGACUCUUUGGGUGGAAAGCCACCUUGUUCUUAGCUCUUGAUUUUUUUUUUUUUUUUUGGAUUUUGUGAAAAGACUACACACAUCUCCCUCCCCUCCACGGUUAGUUUGGGGCCCAAACAUCUCCACUAAGUGGCUUCAUUUGAGGCGAUGAAAUAAUCAAAACUUUAUUGAGACACUUAAGAUGUUCAAACUGCUAAUGUACCCCCCCCGACACCCCUGCUUCCUCCAGUAUUUAUAGCUAGACGUCUACAUGGACUCUGACGGACAGAUGAACAAUGCAGCUACGGAUGUGUGAUGUAACUGGCUGAUUCACUCUCUCGUGAAUUGGACCUCCAUAUUGGGACUUGCUGCUGAGAGGCAAAGAGGGGAUGCAUGGUACAUUUCAUUUUCUCACCAAGACAAAAAAAAAAGAAGAAACAAAAAACGUGUGACCGCCACGUCCGGCACACGGGCUUAUUGACUCUUUGGGACAAGGGCUGUCAGCAGCAACGCAUCAAUUUGCUAACCGUCUGAUUCUGCUGACCUGUGUGCGUGUGAGCGUGUUAGCGCAGGUGUGCGUGCGUGCAUGUUAACUUUAUUGUUUCUGUAAAAAGGUGUCAGUUUCUCCUCCAGCUGCUAUGUACGACAGAUCUACUGUAAUAUUGAUGAGAGCAGAGACCUGAUUUGCUGGCGUGGGCCUCACACUGCAGUCUGUCACAUCAAUGUUGCAAAGAGCGAAGAGAUCGCUACGAUGAGACGCUCUUGUGGUUAUCAGUAAUACUAUCCGUGUACAUGGCUUUUCAGUGACCACCCUCAAGGGACCAAAAAGCCUUAUGGGAUACCAGCCUGACUCAGUGAAAUCUGGCUGUUUUCCUGAGAUACCUGUUUUUUUUUUUCUAGUGACACAUGGCACAAAUUGAAGCCAUUUCUAUUUAUUUGAAAUGUUUUCUUUCUUAAAUGUAUCUAUAAUUCAGUUACUGUGCUUUAUAGCUAAAUAUAAAGCAACCUGAUGAAAGCGUGAGAACACUGUACAGACCUUAUCUCUGGAAUAAGAACAAACUAAAUCGGUUUUGCCAUCAAGCUUUUGCUUUGUGAGACUGAACUAUAUUUAAAAAGCUGACUUUGUGUUGAAACGAAGACAAACUUUUCAGUAUUGUGCGCAAUGCAAAACCCGCGAAUUGUGUUAUCAUCCAGCCAUGAUAAAACCAUUCAUCAGAUAUUCAAAGACCAUUUUAAGAAAAUCCUUUCCUGCUGCAGUUGUCAAAGUGAUUGAGCAAAAAAAAAAAAAAAAAAAAAAAAAUCAAUAAUACCUAUAUGGAGGUAAAUUAGUGCCAAUGUUAUCUGAAACUCAAAUAAUAAUUGAAAAAGAAAUAUUGGUGUUUGGCCAAAAAAUUAAAAAAUGUAAAAAA